AGCUCGUUCGCUAUCAGACAGAUUUACUGGAAGGCUGCACCUUUUACUGUAGACUGGUAAUUUUUCACAACAAAUACCUUGCGUCAACUGGAUCAUGCACCAACACGCGUUACUUCAGGCUGUAGGAUUUGACGUGGACUAACAUGGAACAAGACACAGAAGAAACAGACAAUUCCCAGCUCCCAAAGAGUGAGAUAAAGAAGCGUGAGUCCAGCUGUGUAUCCUGUAGCGAUGAAUCCAUGUACCUCCCAAUGACUUUCCAAAAAGUUCAGGCCAAACCGCUGGAAAAACAUGGUAACCCUGACUGCAUGUCUGUGAAGAGUAAUGAAUCCAUGAAUGCACCGAUUACAUUUAAAAACGAGGACAAUAAAUCUGAGUCACUUGUUGCAGACAAAGAGCCAAACCUGUGUGAUGAUGUGGACUCAGUUUUCAUUGCACUGGAGAACAGCAUUAUGGAUUUGGUUAAAACAGAGUUGAAGAAGAUAAAAAAUAUUGCCAGAUGUGAUUCCCCUGAAUGUUUGGGAAAUUUAAAAGAGGAAGAUGAGAACAGCAAAGCAUUUUUAAAAAUAGCACUUAAUCUUUUGAAACAACUGAAACAAGAAAAACUGGCUGAUCAUUUACAGAAAGUUUAUGCAGCGACACCUGCGGAAAUCUGUCAGCGCAAACUAAAGUCAAAGCUGCAACAAAGAUUUGAGUGUGUAUUUGAGGGCAUCGCUAAAGCUGGAAACCGAACACUUCUGAACCAGAUCUAUACAGAGCUUUACAUCACUGAAGGAGAGGUCACUGAUGUCAACAAGGAGCAUGAAAUCAGACAAAUUGAAGCUGGACUCAGGCGGUCAAAUGUACAAGAGAAAACCAUCACAUGUGAAGACAUUUUCAAAGGACUGAUCGACAGAGAUGAACCAAUCAGAACUGUGUUGACCAAAGGAGUGGCUGGCAUUGGCAAAACAGUGCUCACACAAAAGUUCAGUCUUGACUGGGCUGAGGGCAAAGCCAACCAAGAUAUUGAGUUUAUGUUUCCGUUCACAUUCAGAGAACUCAACACUGUGAAAGACAAGAAGUUCAGCUUAGUGGACCUGAUACAUCAUUUCUUUGCUGAAACUAAAGAAGCAGACAUACUGUGCAGCUUUGAGGACUUCCAGAUUGUGUUCAUCUUUGAUGGUCUGGACGAGUGUCGGCUCCCUCUGAAUUUCAGUAAGAACGAGAGUGUGUCUGAAGCAACACAAUCCACAACACUGGACGUUCUGUUGACAAACCUCAUCAAAGGGGACCUUCUCCCUUCCGCCUGUGUCUGGAUCACCACGCGACCUGCAGGAGCAAAUCAGAUCCCUGCUGAGUGCAUCGACAUGGUAACAGAGAUCAGAGGCUUCCGCGAUGCUCAGAAGGAACAAUACUUUAGGAAGAGAUUUAAACAUAAGAAGCAAGCCUAUCAGAUCAUCUCUCACAUAAAGAAGUCCCGCACACUCCACAUCAUGUGCCACAUCCCAGUCUUCUGCUGGAUUGCGGCCACAGUUUUGGAGUAUAUGCUGAGGACCAGUGAGGGAGGAGAGCUGCCCAGGACUCUGACUGACAUGUACAUCCACUUCCUGGUGGUCCAGGCCAAAGUUAAGAAGGACAAGUAUCAUGAGGCCAGCGAGUGCCACUGGAACCAGGAGACCAUCCAGAUGAUCCAGGCAUUAGGAAAACUGGCUUUUGAGCAGCUGCUGAAGGGAAACCUGAUUUUCUAUGACUCUGACCUGACCGAGUGUGGCAUCGACAUGAAGGCAGCCUCCACCUACUCUGGUGUCUUCACCCAGAUCUUCAAAGAAGAGAGAGGCCUGUACCAGGAGCAGGUCUUCUGCUUCAUUCAUUUGAGCAUUCAGGAGUUUCUGGCUGCUCUUCAUGUCCAUGUGACCUUCACCAACACUGGACUCAAUCUGCUCUCAUCAGAGCACAGCUCAGAAGCUAAGCUGUACCAGUCUGCUGUGGACGCAGCCUUACAGAGUCCAAAUGGACACUUUGACCUGUUCCUCCGCUUCCUCAUGGGCCUGUCCUUGUCCACCAAUCAGAGUCUACUACAGGGUCUGAUAUCUCCUAAAGGCAGCAGCACAGAGACAAGCCAGAAAACAGCAGAGUACAUCAAGCAGCUGAUAAAUGAGAGUGUCUCUGUGGAGAGAAGCAUCAACCUGUUCCACUGUCUGAAUGAACUGAAGGAGCACUCUCUGCAGCAACAGAUUCAGGCUUAUGUGAGCUCAGGAGGGCUGUGCUCACAGACUCUGAGCCCAGCGCAGUGGUGCGCUCUGGUUUUCAUCUUACUGUCCUCUGAGCAAGAUCUGGAGCUGUUUGAGUUGCACAAGUACUCCGCAUCUGAGGAGGCUCUGUUCAGACUGCUACCUGUGAUCAAAAUGUCGAGCAAAGCUGUUCUGAGCGUGUGUAACUUAACAGAGAAAAGCUGUGAAGCUUUGGCUUCUGUUCUCAGCUCCCAGUCAUCCAAUCUCAUAGAGUUGGACCUGAGCAACAAUGACCUGAAGGAUGAAGGAGCCAUGGUUUUGUCUAAGGGACUAGCCAGUCCACACUGCAGACUGGAGACUCUCAGGUUAUCUGGGUGUCUGUUGACAGAUGAAGGAGGUUGUGCAAUUGGCUCAGCUUUGAAUUUGAACCCUUCUCAUCUGAGAACAUUGGAUUUGAGCUACAACAAUAUAGGAGAACCAGGACUGAAAACAGUGGCUGCUGCUUUAGAGAAUCCACAGUGGAGGCUAAGCACUGUUAGGGUGCAACCUCUUGGAGCCCAUUUCUUAAAACCUGGCCUUAAGAAAUACGCUUGUGACGUGCCAUAUGACGAAAACACAGCCCACCGCAAUCUCAAAAUCUCAGGAGACAAAAUGACUGUGACUCGUGUUCAAGAUAAGCAGCCAUUUCCAAAUCAUCCCAACCGGUUCGUCAGCUGGCCCCAGGUGUUGUGCCGCACUGGUUUGAUGGGGCGCUCUUACUGGGAGGUGGAGUGGAGUGGCAAAGUAGAUGUAGCAGUGAGUUAUAGUGGCAUUAAGAGGAGGGGGGACAGUGGAGAUGGUUUGUUUGGAGAGAACAGUCUGUCUUGGAGCCUGAGAUGCACUGAUGGACAGUUCUCAGUUUGUCAUAACCAACAAAGACACUUCCUUUCUCAAGUUUCCUCAGGCUCUGGGAGAAUAGGUGUAUUUGUGGAUUAUCCUGCUGGCUCCCUCUCCUAUUACAAUAUCUUAAUGGACAAACUAGUUCACAUUUACACCUUCAAAACUACUUUCACUGAUUCGCUGUUUCCUGGUUUUGCCUUCUGUCACAGUGACUCCUUUGUCAGCUUGUUGCCUGAGGCAUAAAGAUCAUAUUUUGAGUUUACAGCAGAGAUGUCCAAAUGUGCCCCUUAGCCUUCAAACUUCUUGCUGAAUUGGCCAAAAUGAUCAUAAAUAGUGUACUUUACUGCAAAAGCAAAACAAGACCAUAAAAACAAAAAUUUGGGUGUGAGAUAGAUCUCACAUUAAACAUCCAUGAUUUAGCCUCUGCAUGAUGUUUCAUUUGAAUCAUUCACUUUAUUUGAUUGUUGUAGAAAAAAUUGCCAAGAGAGCCCGAGCGAUGGAAGAAGAGGCAUGAGGCUGUGAUCAAUAUGGGACUGAGAACGUGUAGACAUGACCCUUCAAGACUUUGUGAUAGUAUUGUCCAUUCCAGUCUAGUGCAGUCCAGUCUGCCUAUGCUUCUGGUAUAGGGAAUAUUAUAUCUCUGAUGACGUAGGCGAAGAUAUCAAGGACUGGGAUGGCAUUGAGUGCCUCGGUACAGCACAGCAGCUCAAUUUCUGACCACCAGUCUGUUGACCUGCACGAUGUUCUUAUCCAGUCCUUGAUGAAAAUGUUUAUCAGGUUUAGAGUUAUCUUACACAGUGCAUUUUAGUGUGUUUUGUACAAGAAUUUAUACAUUGUCACUUUAUUAUAAAAAAAAGUAAAAAAGCAAGCACGUAAGAGAACCUUUAUUUGUUCCACAAUGAGAAAAUUCCAUUAAAAGCAAUAACGUUAAUGGUAAACACUAUAUUCUUACAACACUCCUAUUUUGAAUUAAAGUAUGUAUAAUUGCCCUAAAUAACAUUAGAAAAUGGCCUUUAGACCUAUCUGUUUACGAUGGUUUGCAUUGUUACUGUACUGUAUCACUUAGCCUCACUGCACCAACCCUUAAUUAUCUUGAAUAAUAAA